UGCUUUAUUUGCUAGCUCAGGUUUUCCCAUCAAGGCCUUAUGCCAUCUAUGGAAUGAAUCUCCAUUCCCCUUUCAUGAAGCCUUCGGUGUGAAGGGGCAAAGUGACCCUGUGAGCUUGCAGCUCACCAACUAAAAAAGGUUUUAGUUCACCUUCUAACUACAAAUUCUUGGGUUUUUUAUUUGGUCCACCUUCCCUCCCCCCUUUUUCUACUUGUGAUUUCUGUUAAGCCUUACAAGGUGUUUUUUGUCUGCCGUAAUCACACAAAACUCUGUCUUUUUAUAAAAAGGGGAACUGAGUUGUCUGCCUUGCAAGGGUGCUGCAAGAUCACUCAUUAGCCAAUGCUAGAAAUUAUUGCCAGAUCUCAUCUAACAGUUUCAUUAUGAGUGAAAUUUGAGAGUGUUGCUCUUGAAAGAGGUUGCUGAUUGAUGACAACACAGAUUGUGUGUGUGCUGUCAUCUUUAUCCCGGCUGUGAUUCCUUUUGGGGUUUUUUUUAGCUAGUGAGGAUGUGAGGGACAGAAGAAGCCUAAUGGGACUUCAUAUACUGUGUGAUGUAUGGGGCACUUGCAGUGAGGAAUAUUGAACUCAUAAAUGUACUCGUUUGCCCUGGAGUCACCGAGAGGGAGAUGGAGUGCAGGACACCGCAAUGUCACAGCCGUGCAGAGUCACUUCUGUGACAACAGAGCCGCACCAGAAGGGCCAUAUUUUUAUUGGAUUUUACUGCAAUCAGGCUCUGCUCUCGUUGGCUGGAAGAGAAGGUGAACUUUUGCUGGAUGAGUCCCCUUUUGCACCUUGUUUUGCUGAGAUUCUGAGAUUUUGGGGCGCUGUUUGGGAGUGACCCUGCGUGUGCUGUCUGUUCUGUCUCGUGUCUCCACCACAGCACUGCAACCCCCAGCUCCACCAGCCUGCCCUUCAAGCAUGAAGGUGAAAUGAAGAUGAAUGUGCACAUCCGAGGCAGAUGGUUAGCCCCAGUCUUGCAGUGGUAUUUGAGAGAGAUUUUCUUCAUGUUAUUUCAGCAGCACAGAAGGAAAUGAAAGUGUUUCUUACUGUAAAUACUUUUUUCUCUCUCCCUUCCUCUGGCGCUGCUGUGAGUGUCUGAAGACUCACUUCACUGCUUUUUCAGAGAAGUCUAUUUCUGUCUCAUCAUAGAUCAAUUUAGGCCUGUCCUAUGCACAUAUGAUAAAGACAGCAUAUUGCUGUGAUAGCCUUGAACCAAAUUUGUAAGUCUGGAACACUGGGAGCAGGAGGUGCAGCCAUCAUUGGUAAAGAAGUCAGAGUGGCCAAACCAGUGGCUAAAAGGUGGAAUUUUUCAAGCAUAGCCAGAUUGUUUGAGAAAUAGUGCAGACCACAAUGCAAGGGUUUUACCCAGUUCUCAGAAAUGUGUGUGUACACGUGAACCCACUGCAUGGAGCUUCCUUAGGGGACUGUGUCUAUAUCUGUGUCCAGAGAAACAAAAAUACAACAUUCCCAGCUGCAUCCUGAACCCAGCUCUUGUAAUUAUUCCCCAGCACAUCUGCUAAGCAUCUGAAAGCAUCCAGAUGUUGGCUCUAAUGCUAUACCAGUGUACUUCCUCCAGUGAGUGAGACAGUUCCUGCUGUCCCUGUGUUGUUUGUGCAACCCAUUGUGGCACUCGGUGCAAUGCCCAGUGCGCUUUAAGCCAUUCAAAAAGUGCCAAGUGUCUGGCCCUACCUGGCUCUCCAGAUAACUGGUUCACAGAGUUUCUUCAGGAUUGGCUUUUCAGUCUCAUCUCUGAGAUUUGCUCUCCAAGCAGAGCUGGGGUGGCUUCUGGGCUACAUUCAGUUUAGUUUUGCAAUGCAAUUUAAUUUCCUGUAAGCUUUACUCUGCUUGGGCUGGCUGUAUGGAGCCUUUCCUGCAUGGCAGGUACCACUCAGUCACUAAAAGAGCCUGGCAAAGUUCACUUUGGCAACACAGCCUUUGGGAACAGAGGGAGAGCCUUGUCCCACACCUCCUUCCUGCUGGUGAGGUGUCAAGGAGUGAUAAUUUUUAGUAUUGCAGAAAAUCAGCUGGUUUUCAUGUGCAGUGCUUUAUCUCACUGGACUUUCUUUUCCCUGGGUGGGGAUACUGUACUUUAAUAAACUAGGAAAGGACAAAAGAAAUAGGUGUUCCUCCUUUGCCUGCUUCAUUAGCAUCUUCCUGAAUGGGGUGAGCUGACCAGGAGAUAUUUUUGUCUCCCUCACCUCUCAGCCCUACUCUCACACUCUCAGCUACCUUUGAGCUGCAGGACUUUGCAGAGCACAUUGUGGCUUGCAUUGGCUCAGCCCGAGUUCAGUCACCCAAAACCUCGCAGGUCUAUUUUGAAACAUCAUUCAAUCUGUCCACUAUGGAGUUUCUUUUCUUUUUUUUUUUUUCCCCACUCUUGCUUCUGACAUCAUUUCCCGAGCACUAAAUUCACUGAGCUCUGUAGCCAGAUCGUCUCCUCAGCAUAUGAUGCAAGGAGCUCUUUGAGAUGGAUUUCAGCUCUCCUUUGAUUCUGCUCUGCUUGCUGGUGAUAAUAACUGUUACUCAAGGCUCUGCCAUCUGGACUGGCGCGCUCAGCGGCGACUCAGCAAUCUUUUCUUUGGAAAUCCAAAGCCUGCAGAACUUCUCCAGCAUGAGCAAGGAGGACAAGAAAUGCUCUACAACUGUCCUAAAUGAUACCUUGUUGGCCAAGUGUGGCACUUCUGCCAGCAGAUGGCUGAACUUAGAGAACGGCUCCCUGGUGCUGAGGAGUGUGGAGAAAGAUGACGAAGGAAAAUACGGAUUUGUUUUUCAGCACACCGCCAGAAAUUUUACACUGGAAGUGUUUGAGCCGACCAUCGGUAUCCAGUGCUUCCCUGACGGAACUGCAGAGCUGUCCUGCAACGUGGCCAGCAGCGAGAUCCUGGUCUUCAGGUGGCUCCUCAAUGGCACCCACCUGAAAGCCGAGGGGGCUUGCAUUAAGGAUGCUGGGAAGAAGGUUCACCUGGGCAAAACCGAGCCUGGGGAGUUUGUGUGUGAGAUUUUGAAGGGGAACAGUGUCACGAGGACCAGGCCCAUUACGCUGUCUUGCAGCUACGACCUGCUGCGGUACCCAGGGUUCAUUUACAUCCUGGCAGGCUGUGCAGCGGGUGCGCUUAUCCUGCUGGUGGCUUUGCCUGCAGCCAUAUGUUGCUGCAUGAGGAAGAGGAGACACAAGUUCAUCCCAGUGCCUUCAGAGGAGGAGAAGGAUGACGGGCUGACAAUGUCAGUGGUGUCUGGGGAAGGCACGAAGAGCCCCCCCAAUGGAGACCACCUGGAGGCUCAGAGUGACCGUCCUGCCAAGCCUGAUGCUGCCCAGAUUGGUCAAGGUGUUGAGCCCCAGCCAGUGGCAGAAGAAAACCUACCAGUGCAGAUAGAAGCUGAGGAAAUGCCAGAUGCUGAGGUCCUAGUUGAUAUGGAUGGCCAGGAAGAUGCCUCAGACUGUUUCCCAGAUCCAACUGAUGACUGAUCUGACAUGCUUGCUGUUCCACCCUGAAAUCUGUGACACUUGUCCUUUGCAUCCCAUAGUCUCACUGUGUCUGGAAAAUUUUAGCAGGGGAAAGAAGUGAGGUGUCAAACCUUCUGACUUCAUUCAAAACAAAAAAAGAAAAUCCAGAGAAAAGCACACACAUGGCUUCAAGGCCUGACAGGUUCACCAACAAACAAAAGGGGCAGCUCUGUGAUGCUUUGCCUGAUAACAGAGCUGCAGCUAAACUGAGGAGCCCAGGAGACAGCCUGGGAUGAGAGGGCUCCUCCUGCUCCCUGCCCACCCCAUGCCUUGCCUGCAUUUGCAGGCAUCACAGACAGCUUGAGGUGCUUGCCAGAAGUUUCCUGAGCAAGGCUCUUCUCUCUCAGGAGACUUCAGGGCAGUUUUUUCCCCGGCCCUGCCAAGGAAGCUCAAAGGAGGUCUCAGCUGGGUACCCGCUGUCCUGGGUGCUCACCUGAGCCGCUCCCCUGAGCUCCAGAUCUGGCCCCCACCUCUUGCUGCCUGGAGCAGGAGCAGUGACAUUUGCAGGGCUUGAAAUGUGCCAUUUGCAGAUGCUGUGUGCAGAGCUGGGGUGGUGCUGGCUUUGCUCCCCUCUUGGUGCCCCAAAUGACAGAGGGUACAGGUCACCUUUCCCCAGAACCGCCUGCUUGGGCUGCCCCUGAGCUAAGCCAGAGCUAUCACUCGCUUGCCUGCAGCAGGAGGGGGCUUGGGGCUGCAAUUUUGGCAGAAACCUUGAUUUUAAGGCUGAGAUUGUUUAUCAAUGCAAGCAUUAGUGCCUUUAGUGUGAUAGUUUAGCUACUGCAAGCUGGUGAAGCUGGCCAUCUGCCUGUGCAUGUAGGCUUUUUUGGGGCUGUGCUCUUUGCACAGAUAGCAGAAAUUUAUAGGAUCUCUUAGGUAAGUCUUGCUGCUAGGCUUGUCCUGUUCUGCUCAGGGGAGCUGUGCCUGUGCAGCAGCUGGGCCAGACCUGCAGGGAAGAAGGAUGUGGUGAGGAGAGGGCAGGGAUUCUGUCUCAGGCAGCUGAGUCCCAGCAAAGCUGCCAGGGAGUGCAGGAUGUGCUGCCAGAGCAAGGUAUUUACUGCAUGGGACAAUUUUAGUAGUCAGAGUGAGGUGGUAAAUUGGUUGUUCGUGUUAAAUUGGCCUGCUUGGCUAGAAAGGCAUGGUUGUAAAAGCAGAGAUGGUACAGACUGGCACCAAAAGGGAUGGGGAGCUGCAUUCUCUCCUUCCUUGUCAUUUUGUCCCUAUUUUAUAUUGUGCUGACACUGUGAAUUCCUUGGAAAUGGAUUGAAGGUGUGCCUGGUGAAAGCCAUCCAACGAGGGCUGCACCCUAGCAGAAUCCAAACUAAACUGAGAAACUGAAGGUUUGUUUCCCAGGGAGGGAGCUGGGGGGUGGCUGCACGCUCACCUGGGAGUCCUUCAUCUCUGCUUGCUUGCCAAGGCUCUGCAUCAGUGACACCCAGCCACAGGUGAUUGUUCUCGUUCUUUCCUUGUCCUGUGACUCUCUUUAGAAGAUGUUUGGCUCUUGUGUGCUGUGUUGGUGGUGAUUCAGCUUGUCUCUGCUUUUAAAGGCUGCCGCAAGAGUCGGGCUUUCCACGGUAAGAGGGAGGUGAUAAUUCUUUUCCUUACGGUGCUGUUCUAACUCCUUUCAGUACAAACAUUCCUCAGAGGCUGUGAGCUGAAUGACAAAAGAAGUGGCACGGCGUGCUUGGGGUGGCAGUACUAAAGCAGCAGUGAAUGUCACUGGGCCAGUGUCACCAGAAUGGGAGGUCACAGCAUUGCUUCACUGCUGCACUUUGCGGCAGGGGCAGGAGGGGACACUCGACUCCAGCACAUGAUUCAGAGGCUGAUCGGUGCUCUGAACAGACACCUGAUUCACUGCUGAGAGAGCAGGGCCAGCCUUGUUCUGCUGGGCUGGGGCAUCCCAGCUCUGGUUUAUUCUAGUGCUGCAUUCCUGCUGCCAGCCCCAGGGCUCGGGGUGCCCAUCACCACUGUUAUCACCCCUGUCCUGGAAGGACUCUUCCCAUAGAGGGGCAAGAGAUCUUUGUGAGACAGACUGAACCAGGGCUGGUUUUCUGUCCUUUACCACUGAAAGUGCCAUUCCAAAGGGGCAAAAAGUUCUGUUACUGUGAGGUCAGGAGAGAAGUGAUGCAGCCUGUGCUCUUUCUUUAACUGUAUGUGUUCAUGCCCAGCUGUUCUCUUUCUGGUGUCUUUUUUUUUUUUUCUUUUUCCUUUCCCCCUGUGAUUCAUUUUGUUCCAAAUAAAAAGAUCUGUUUUCUACCUUG